ACUGCACACAACGUUGAACGUUGACGUUGAGGCCUCAACAUCACCCUCAACUCCACAUCGAACUUUCGGUCGUCGACGGCCGAUUUAUGUGGAUUGAGCACUCAACUGAAGAUGUGCUCAUUUCUCGGUUUGCCCAUUGAACUCAUGCUCCAGAUCAUCGCUUUGCUUGAUGUCUCAGAAGUACUCUCCCUCCGCAAGACAUGCAGAGUACUGGCUGAUUCAACAAGAAUGAAAGCAGUGUGGCUGAACCAGCUUCGUCACCAGCAAUUUGACCUCCUCCUUCCUUUCAAUGCCAGGGACCUAGAGUCGUCGACGAAAUUACCGACCCUGGAUAUCGAAAGAAUGGCUGUCUCUACACACCUCUCUCAGAGGGAUUGGCCUUUUCCUUGCUCAAAAUCCCUCUCCUUUGUGGGCAUCUCAGAAGGAUACCACAAUAUUUUAGCCCUCAUCCCCUUGGAUCAACGGCUUUUAUGCAUUUACGGGGAUGGUGCAAUUGUACUAUGGGAGCUUGUGCAGGCCGACUGGAACAAUCUGGAAGAGACAAUCAUUCCUCAGCGAGCGCGCUGGGAACUCGGGAGUGAAGGGCCAUGGACGACAGCUGUCGCUUUCCUGGACGUUUUCACCAAUUCAAUUUACGCAGCAGUCACAAGAUACCAAGACGGGUGA